GGCUGGCUUGGAAGUGAGGCUUGGUACCCAAGCCAUCCAGAAGAAAAGUAGUUUCAAGUAUCUUGGGUCUAUUAUGCAAGGCAGUGGGGAGAUUGACGAUGAUGUCACACAUCGUAUUGGGGCAGGGUGGAUGAAAUGGAGGCUUGCUUCUGGAGUGCUAUGUGACAAGAAGGUGCCACCACAACUUAAGGGCAGGUUCUACAAAGUGGUGGUUAGACCGACUAUGUUGUAUGGGGCGGAGUGUUGGCCAGUUAAGAUUUCUCACGUUCAAAAGAUGAAAGUUGCUGAGAUGAGAAUGUUGAGAUGGAUGUGUGGCCACACCAAGAGUGAUAGGAUUAGGAAUGAGGAUAUUCGGGACAAGGUGGAAGUGGCCUCGGUGGAAGACAAGAUGCGAGAAGCGAGAUUGAGAUGGUUUGGGCAUGUGACGAGGAGAGACACGGAUGCCCCAGUGCGGAGGUGUGAGAGGUUGGCCAUGGAUGGUUUCAGACGAGGUAGGGGUAGGCCAAAGAAGUAUUGGGAAGAGGUAAUUAGACACGACAUGGCGCAGUUACAGCUUACCGAAGACAUGACCUUAGAUAGGAGGGUUUGGAGGACCCACAUUAGGGUAGAAGGCUAGUAGAUAGUCUCAUUAUCCUGUCUUAUUAGUAGUCGCAUUAUCGUAGUAUAAUUUCAUGUGCUCUGAUUUAUGCUAUUAUCUGUUAUUUCCUGUGCUUUGAUUAUUCUAUGUUAUCUGUGUCGCUUGCGUUACUUCAUUUCCAUAUCGCUUUGAAUCUCUUAGCAUUAUCUGACCUCGUUUUA